AAAUAGGGGUGGAAAACACGUCAGAGGCACACAGCCUGAAUAUCAGGAGGAAGUGAGUGUGUGUGUAAUAAACCCCUGAUGAGUGUCUAACCUCUCACAUGGAGUGACACCCGCAACAUUCACAAACAAACUCGUACUGAUUGAAGAUCUGAAGAUCUUCAGAUGUUCGGUGCUCAAUAAACACAUGGCGAUGAAGAGCUGGACAGCAGGUACGCAGUGCGUCGCCAAAAAGCAGCACUGCAAGCCUAAAGCCGGUGAAAUAGCUUAUCACAAAGGCGACAUCCUGACAGUCGUCGGACCUGGAACGAGGAAAGGAGAGUAUAGAGCCCGACAUAACACAACGGGAGAGGAAGGAUUGGUCUCAGGUUCGAAACUCCGAGAAAGGGAAGCCCUCCGUAUCGACCCCAAAUUAAGCCUGAUGCCAUGGUUUCACGGCAAAAUAUCCGGAGCGCAAGCCGUCGGCAAACUCAAGCCUGCGGAGGACGGGCUUUUCUUGGUGCGGGAGUCAGUUCGGCAUCCCGGCGACUUCGUGCUGUGCCUCUGCUUCAGUCAGAAGGUCUUCCACUACAGAGUCAUCUUCAAAGACAACAAACUGAGCAUCGACAGCAAGCAGUUCUUCUACAACCUCAUCGACAUGAUCGAGUUUUACAGCAGAAAUCAAGGCGCUCUCGCUACACUUCUGCUGAAGCCCAAGAAGAAGGAAGGAAUGAAAUCUGCCGAGACAAAGCUGUUGAAAUCCGGCUGGCUUUUGGAUCUGUCCAAGCUGACGUUAGGAGAGACCAUCGGAGAGGGAGAGUUCGGUGCUGUGUUCGAGGGUGAAUACGCAGGCCAGCGGGUCGCGGUUAAGAACAUCAAAUGUGACGUAACCGCUCAGGCCUUCCUCGAAGAGACGUCUGUCAUGACAAAUCUCCAUCAUAAGAAUCUGGUGCGGUUAUUAGGAGUGAUUCUUCACAAUGGGCUUCACAUCGUCACAGAGCUCAUGACGAAGGGGAAUCUGGUGAAUUUUCUCCGCACACGAGGACGUUUUGCUGUCAGUGUGACGCAGCUGCUGCGCUUUUCACUAGAUGUUUGUGAAGGUAUGGAGCACCUGGAGUCAAAGAAACUCCUGCACCGAGAUCUCGCCGGACGCAACAUCCUCGUGUCUGAAGACACCGUCGCCAAAAUCAGCGAUUUCGGUCUGGCCAAGGUCAGUUCUACAGCAACCGACAACUCAAAGUUACCCAUCAAGUGGACGGCGCCCGAAGCCUUGAAGAACAAGAAAUUCUCCACUCAGUCAGACAUAUGGAGUUACGGAGUCCUUCUCUGGGAGAUCUUCUCAUAUGGAAGACAGCCGUAUCCCAAAAUGUCGGUGAGCGAGGUGAGGGAGCGUGUGGAUCAGGGUCACCGCAUGGAGCCGCCAGACGAAUGUCCUCCUGACGUCUACAGCAUCAUGACGUCCUGCUGGGAGACGGACCCCAAGAGGAGACCGUCCUUCCACAAACUCCGAGAGCGACUGGAGAAAGAGCUCGGCAAGCACUGAUCUCUGCAGGGGUCCACCACAUGUGUAUAAUGUAGAUUUAAUUUAUUAUUCAUCGCACUGUAUAUUUAUGUGUGUUUGUUUUGGUUUGGUUUUUGGGUGAAUCUUGAAAACAUGCCGAGGUGUUUCGUCUCAAGGUGGAAAGUCAAUUUAUUUUUAUUUUUUUGCAUUGUUUUCAUGCAAUUAAGAAAAUUUUACCCCUCGCUUUUUCUUUCUUUUAUUUUUUAUUAAAAUAUUAUAAUACAAAUGAUGUUUUAAUCAGUAUAAACAGUACAGCAUAUAAUAACAUGAUGAAAUACCUUUAAAAAAUGUUAUUAAAACUUUAUUUUAUUUAUUUUUUGUAUUAAUAAUGUGAAUUUGGUAGAAAAUGUGCUUAAUUGUCAUGAAAAUAAUGCCAUGUUGGUCUCAAAAAUCUUUUUUUUUUUCUUUCUCAGAUAUGUUUAAUUUUUAAAGAAAUAAAACAUUUCUUAUUUUAUUGUUGGUUAUAAUAAUAAUAAUAAUAAUACAAAAAUUAUUUUAAUCAGUACAAAUUAAAACAAUAUAACAUAUUGAACAUGAUCAAAUACCUAUUACUUAGUAUAUUUAAUACAUAUGUUUUUUUGUGCUAUAAUGUCAUAACAUUGACUUCAAUUACAAUUUGCAUAAAGAAAAUCAAAAUUAGACUUUUUUUCUCUCUCCUUAAUUCUCAUUACUGAAAUGCAAAUAUUAUAUAAUAGAACGGUAUUUGGAAUUUAAAACAAGAAAAAAAAAAUCAAAACAAGAAAAAUGUUAUUAUUAUGUUUAAAAAAAUAAUAAUUGGGCUUUAGUUUCUUUUUCCCCUCCCUUUUCUUUGAUUUUUGGGUGAAAUAUGACCCAUAUUCCUGACAGGUUUUUCCCAAAUGAUGAAAUUCAUUAUUGCACGUGCUUUAUUAUUAUCUGCUUCAGUCCUCAAUGAGGUUCUGUAAAAAAGAUACUUUCUGCUUGCGUUGUAUAUGCAAUUCAAAAAUGUAUUUAUUGUAACAACAGUAAUAAACCUAUCAGAAAAUG